GUCGCUGUAAUGUAUACACUAAUUCUUACCUGCUGGCUCCUGCUCUCGACAGCAAUCGCCGCGCCACCACCUUCAUACAGACCACCAUCAACCUAUCCGCCCCAGAAAUGGAUUCCUGGGCCAACCAACGGAACUGAUGCACUCGCACGCAAAGGCUGGCAAAAUCUGCAGAGAUAUGUGAAGCACAACGUCACAAACAACACAUGCUCUCUCAAGACCGCCUACCGACGCAAGGAGUGGGACACGCUCCGACCACACGAAAAGCGAGCAUAUAUCCAGGCUGUCAAAUGUCUCCAGAGCAAGCCUGCACUCAGUGGCGAUCUUGCUCCAGGUGCCAAGAGCCGAUAUGAUGACUUCACUGCCACUCACGUCAAUCAGACCUUGAGGAUUCAUAGCACAGGCAACUUCUUGACUUGGCAUCGAUAUUUCGUCUGGACAUAUGAGAAAGCCUUGCGUGAGGAGUGUGGAUACCGCGGCUAUCAACCUUAUAUAAACUGGGCACGCCUGUCGAAUUCUGUCAUCAACGCUCCAAUCUUCGAUGGCUCUGAUACAUCUCUUGGCGGAAAUGGUGUUUUCGAACCCGCCAAGAUCCCAAUUGUAUUCUCGAACGAAACCACUCCCGUCACUGGUAUCAACCCAGCUGGAGGCGGUGGCUGCGUCACCAAAGGCCCCUUCAAAGACAUGAGCGUCACCCUCGGUCCUGUCGGUCUUGCCGGCUACGACCCCACAUUCAUCACACCCAAUCCUCAGACAAAUGGCCUAGGCUACAAUCCUCGUUGCCUGCGCCGCGACCUGUCUGUGGAAGCCGUCUCUGGCGCCUCUGAUCACAAUGUCACGACGCUUUUGGCCAACUCUCCUGAUAUUGCGACUUUCCAAAACGUCCUUCAAGGACCGUUUGCGCUCUCUCCUCCUCGGCCAUUCUAUGGCGCACAUGCUGCAGGGCACUAUACCGUCGGCGGCGAUCCUGGUGGAGAUUUCUACACCUCGCCUGGAGACCCGUGGUUCUAUUUACAUCAUGCACAAGUUGAUCGAGUGUACUGGAUCUGGCAGAACCUGCAUCUGUUCGAUGAGGGCGAGAAGUGGAAGGAGAUUGCGGGGACUUUGACAUUCUUGAAUUUCCCACCUAGUCGUGAGGCCAGACUAGAUGAUCGUUUUGACCUGGGUGUCAAUGAUGGUUUUCAAGGGAUGACGAUUGAAGAGGGUCUGUUUACGUUGGAUGGAGAGAGAUAUUGUUAUGUUUAUGAGUAA